GAAGUGAAGGCGAGGCCGGGGCUGCUGCGGGCGGCGCGGAGGGGUGCUGUCUCGUCGCCACGACCGUCCCGGUCAGCUACGGCGCUGCGGUGAGAGCGAGGCGGUACCGGCGUUCCCCGUCGUUUCCCCUCCCCAGCCGUUCCCGCGCUGCGUGCUUGGGGCGCUAUCCGCGGGUCUGGCCUCUCGGGGCGGCUCGGCUGUGCCUGCGGCCCGCGGGGAGCGGUGGCGGAGCCGGGAGGGUCGGGGCCUGGCGCGAUGCCGUGUCUGAUGAGUGUCACGUAUAAGUGGCCUUGUUUGUACCGCCACUAAAGAGAGAAAGAUACAGCGGUGUCUAAGGGCGUUUCUUAGAAACUGGCUUGGUUACUGUUAUCCUAGAGCGUUGGUUUGAGGAAGCACUUUCAUCUCCGGCUUAUUCCGUGUUCCUCUGGGACAGCGCUACUCGGGUAUAAAGAAUGGUCGUGCUUCAUCGCGGCUCCGUGUGAAGGCUCUGGUGGCAGUGGCUCGGCGUUAAGCUUGCAGCAGAGGUUGGGCUGUAUGUCAGAGCACGUCGUGGGUGUCAGUGCUGAAACGGCAGGGUCUGCUACAGCAACCUGUGGUUUAGAACAGGAGUUGAGAGAAAAUGACUGCAAUCAAGCAUGCUUUACAGAGGGAUAUUUUCACUCCCAAUGAUGAACGCUUAUUGAGCAUUGUGAACGUAUGCAAAGCAGGCAAAAAGAAGAGAAAUUGCUUUUUGUGUGCCACAGUGACAACAGAACGACCGGUGCAAGUAAAUGUGGUAAAAGUGAAAAAAUCUGACAAGGGAGAUUUCUACAAACGGCAGACUGCAUGGGCACUUCGAGACCUUGCUGUUGUUGAUGCCAAAGAUGCUGUUAAAGAGAAUCCUGAAUUUGAUUUGCAUUUUGACAAAGUAUACAAAUGGGUUGCAAGCAGCACAGUGGAAAAGAACACUUUCAUUUCAUGUAUCUGGAAACUCAAUCAGAGAUACCUUAGGAAAAAAAUUGACUUUAUUAAUGUUAGUUCACAACUUUUGGAAGAAUCAGUUCCAAGCGGAGAGAAUCAAAGUGUAGCAGGAGGUGAUGAAGAGGCGGUGGAUGAAUACCAGGAAUUAAAUGCAAGAGAAGAACAGGAUAUUGAAAUAAUGAUGGAAGGGUGUGAAUGCGCUAUCUCUAAUGCUGAAGCCUUUGCAGAGAAGUUGUCUAGAGAGCUGCAAGUUCUAGAUGGGGCAAAUAUCCAAUCAAUUAUGGCCUCCGAGAAACAGGUGAAUAUCUUGAUGAAGUUGCUGGACGAAGCUCUAAAGGAAGUUGACCAAAUUGAGAUAAAAUUAAGCAGUUAUGAAGAAAUGCUUCAGAGUGUAAAAGAGCAAAUGGAUCAAAUUUCAGAAAGUAAUCACCUAAUCCAUCUCAGCUACACAAACAAUGUGAAGCUACUGUCAGAGAUAGAGUACUUAGUGAAUCACAUGGAUUUGGCUAAAGGUCAUAUAAAGGCCCUUCAGGAAGGGGAUCUGACAUCUUCUCGAGGCAUUGAGGCCUGCACUAAUGCAGCAGAUGCCCUUCUGCAGUGUAUGAAUGUAGCUCUUCGUCCAGGACAUGAUAUGCUUCAUGCAGUCAAACAGCAACAGCAGCGAUUUAGUGACUUGCGUGAGCAGUUUGCACGGAGACUUACCAACCAUUUGAACAGCGUAUUUGUUCAGCAGGGUCACGAUCAGAGUUCUACUCUUGCCCAGCACUCUGUUGAACUGACACUACCCAAUCACCAUCCAUUUCAUAGAGAUUUGCUUCGCUAUGCAAAACUCAUGGAGUGGCUCAAGAACACAGAUUAUGGAAAAUAUGAAGGGUUAACAAAGAAUUACAUGGAUUAUUUAUCACGUCUAUAUGAAAGGGAAAUAAAAGAUUUCUUUGAAGUUGCCAAGAUCAAGAUGACAGGCACAACCAAAGAAGGAAAAAAGUUUGCUACACUGCCUCGAAAAGAAAGUGCUGUCAAACAGGAAACUGAGAGUCUUCAUGGAAGCUCUGGAAAAUUGACUGGAUCCACUUCUAGCCUAAAUAAGCUCUCUGUUCAGAGUUCAGGAAAUCGUAGGUCUCAGUCAUCCUCACUGUUAGAUAUGGGAAACAUGUCUGCUUCUGAUCUUGAUGUAGCUGAUAGAACAAAAUUUGAUAAGAUUUUUGAGCAAGUAUUAAGUGAACUAGAGCCCCUAUGUCUGGCAGAACAGGACUUCAUAAGUAAAUUUUUCAAACUACAGCAACAUCAGAGUGUCUCAGGAACGUCAACGAAUGAAACAGAGGAAAUGGAUGGAGGAAAUUUAUCUCGUUCAUACAUGUCUGGUGUUCCACAGACAGUAUCAUCUGAGAAGGACAUGAUCCGACAAAUGAUGACAAAAAUAUUUCGUUGUAUUGAACCUGAGCUGAACAAUCUUAUAGCACUAGGGGACAAAAUUGAUAGCUUUAAUUCCCUUUAUAUGUUAGUUAAGAUGAGCCAUCACGUAUGGACUGCACAAAAUGUGGACCCAGCUUCCUUUCUCAGCACAACUCUUGGAAAUGUUUUGGUGACUGUCAAAAGGAACUUUGAUAAAUGCAUUAGCAAUCAAAUGAAACAGAUGGAUGAAGUAAAAAUCUCAAAGAAAAGUAAAGUUGGGAUCCUUCCAUUUGUUGCUGAAUUUGAAGAGUUUGCAGCCCUUGCUGAGUCAAUUUUCAAAAAUGCAGAACGACGAGGAGAUCUGGAUAAAGCAUACAUAAAACUUAUUCGAGCUGUUUUUAUCAGCGUUGAAAAAGUAGCUAAUGAAAGCCAGAAAACACCCAGGGAUGUGGUAAUGAUGGAGAAUUUCCAUCAUAUUUUUGCAACACUUUCUCGGUUGAAAAUUUCUUGUCUUGAAGCUGAGAAAAAAGAAGCCAAACUGAAAUACACUGAACAUCUUCAGUCUUAUGUAGUCUACUCACUUGGACAGCCUCUUGAGAAAUUAAAUCAUUUUUUUGAAGGUGUUGAAGCUCGUGUGGCCCAAGGUAUACGAGAAGAAGAAGUAAGCUAUCAGCUGGCUUUUAAUAAACAAGAGCUUCGUAAGGUUAUAAAGGAGUAUCCUGGCAAAGAAGUCAAGAAGGGUUUGGAUAAUCUUUACAAGAAGGUAGAUAAACAUCUCUGUGAAGAAGAAAACUUACUUCAGGUUGUGUGGCAUUCAAUGCAAGAUGAGUUCAUACGACAGUACAAGCACUUUGAAGGGCUGAUAGCUCGCUGCUAUCCUGGAUCAGGAAUUACUAUGGAAUUCACUAUACAGGAUAUUUUAGACUACUGCUCCAGUAUUGCACAAUCUCAUUAAGGCUCUAAAGAGGGACAGAGAAGCUAGCGAAGUCUGUGCCUGUAUGAUAAGGGAAUCAAACACUAUAGAUGCUGUUCCUUUUUAAAAAGUGUAUUUCAGUGUAUAUGUAUAGCUAACUGUUGUGUAUGUAUAUGCUUCACCUGUUUUUCGGGCAAAGUGAAACCUUUGGUCAUCUGUUGCUCUUCUACUGCAAUGAAAUACUGUUUGAAAGCAUUAAUUCUGUGAAACACUUGUAUACGUUUUUCCCCUCCCCUAAUGUUCAGAUACUAUUAUUUAUAACCCAUUUUUUGCUAAAAGCAGCAAGCACUACACGUGUAGUACACAAAAGGGUACUACCAUCCCUACUAGUACUUUGCAUUAUAGACUGCCACAUCUCUUCCCAUCCUCGUUCCAGAAAUAUGGGUGUGGAACGUAGGCAGUGGGAAUAUGAAUUCGUGUUCUGAGUGGCUGUCAUUCUUGAUUAAAAUCUGUCCAUCGC